AUGUCCGAGAAAUUAAGGGACGACGACACGAUGAAAGCUAACACGGCUGCUACAAAGAUUCAAGCAAAUUUUCGCGGCUAUCGCGUGAGAAAACAAUUGAAGGAAACGAAACCACAACAGCCGCAUCAGAAGAGACAACAGAGCGACGAUGAGUCUACAUCAUCGAGUACGUCGACUUUAAAAAGGCAAAAUACUAGGGAGGCUCUCGAAGAAAAAUCAGCAACGAAAAUCCAAGCCGGAAUUCGUGGAUUUCUGGUGAGAAAAAGACAACAGGCAGAACAGGCUGCAGCUACUAGAAUUCAGGCUGGAUUUCGUGGCUUCAGGACAAGAAAGUUGCUCAAACAAAAUGGACAGUGA